CAAACAUAGCGAGUGAGAUGAUAUCACAGCCAUCCAUUAGUUCUCAAAGGCACCGCCGACGCCGUAUCCCCUCAUGGCCGGGGAUCUGGUUACGGUCGUAAUUAAUUGAGUUCAUAACCGCGUAUUGAAGAACGAAGGGAAAGGUUGGACCCAGCGAUCGGUACUCUACCUUUGGAGGGAAAAAAAAAUAUGAGAAGGCUUCGUUUAGAAGAAAUAAGGAGGACAGAAGCGCGAAGAGGAACUCCCGCAAUUAGAUUUGAAGAAAGAAGAGAUUAGUUAUAAAACAAAAGAAACGAAAAGGGUUUCCGAGAACCUCAAUAAUCGAAUCCACAAUGAGUUUUCUCUUCGGCAGAAGGAAAACCCCUGCAGAACUACUGCGGGAGAACAAAAGGAUGCUCGACAGAUCUAUUAGACAAAUAGAGAGGGAAAGACAGGGACUCCAAGCUCAGGAGAAGAAGCUUAUUGUGGAGAUCAAGAAAACAGCUAAGCAAGGCCAAAUGGGAGCUGUAAAAGUAAUGGCAAAGGACCUUAUUCGGACAAGACAUCAGAUUACUAAGUUCUACGCACUGAAGUCUCAACUGCAAGGUGUUUCUCUUAGAAUUCAGACAUUAAAAUCAACACAAGCAAUGGGUGAGGCCAUGAAAGGUGUUACCAAAGCGAUGGGACAGAUGAACAGACGGAUGAACCUACCAGCAUUGCAGAAGAUAAUGCAAGAGUUUGAGCGUCAGAAUGAAAAGAUGGAAAUGGUCAGCGAAGUAAUGGGAGAUGCCAUAGAUGAUGCCCUGGAAGGGGACGAGGAGGAGGAAGAAACAGAAGAGUUGGUUAGCCAGGUCCUUGAUGAGAUUGGUAUUGACAUCAAUGCGGAGCUAGUAAAGGCACCCUCAUCUGCAGUGGCAGCUGCACCAGUGGCAGGUCACAGGGUUGCCCAGGCUGAAACAAGUGGGAAUGAUGAUAGUGGGAUAGAUAGCGAUCUGCAGGCAAGGUUAGACAAUUUAAGGAAAAUGUAAUUUUCCUGAUAGAGUUUUGACAGAUGAGUGUAAGCCUGGGGCCAUGCAUUAUAUCUGAGAUAUGCUCUAUCUAAGCCUGGUCUUUGGUAUCUUGGAAUAAUCGAAUAGAGUUAUGCUUGAGCUUGCAUCUCUUCUUGCUCUAAUCAUAUUCUGACCUCUUUUCCUUUUUUGA